AUGCUGCCGAAGAAGCCUGCAGGAAAAGGAGGGGCCGGAGAGCCGGGCUCCGAGGACCCGAGCCUCGCCCGGCAGCGCUGCGCCCGGACCGUGCCCCCAAGCGCGGCCCUGGCGGCCCUCCUGUCAGUGGUGGCCGUGGUGUCUUGUCUGUACCUGGGGGUGAAAACCAACGACCUCCAGGCGAGGAUCGCCGCUCUCGAGUCCGCCAAAGGGGACCCUUCCAUCCGUCCGCUUCCCGAUUGCCUGGAUCAGCUCAAAGCAGUGGUGCAAGAGAAAGUGGAGCGACUUCUGGCUCAGAAAUCCUAUGAACAUAUGGCUAAAAUAAGAAUCGCAAGAGAAGCACCUUCAGAAUGCAACUGCCCAGCAGGCCCUCCAGGGAAACGAGGUAAAAGGGGCCGAAGAGGAGAAUCUGGUAAGCCCGGUCAGCCUGGUCCUCAGGGCCCUCCUGGUCCAAAAGGUGAUAAGGGAGAACAAGGUGACCAGGGACCUCGGGGUCUGCCAGGCUUCCCCACAGUCGCCGCCCUGCACAGUAAUCAGAUCCUCACCGUCAAGGGUGACCAAGGACAAGCUGGGCCCCCAGGCCCGCCUGGCCCUCCAGGCCCAAGAGGGCCUCCUGGAGACACAGGGAAAGAUGGCCCCCGAGGAAUGCCAGGAGAGCCCGGUGAACCAGGGAACCCAGGAAAACAAGGCUCAAUGGGUCCUAUGGGGCCUCCAGGACAAAAGGGUUCUGUUGGAGCACAUGGAAUUCCAGGGGUGAAUGGGCAAAAGGGUGAGCCCGGGUUGCCUGGAGCAGUGGGACAGAAUGGAAUACCAGGGCCAAAGGGAGAACCUGGAGAGCGAGGAGAAAAGGGAGAUGCUGGUGAGAGUGGUCCCAAAGGUGAUGCAGGCGAAAAGGGUGACCCUGGAUCAUCUGCUGCAGGAAUUAAGGGAGAACCUGGAGAAUCUGGUCGUCCAGGGCAAAAGGGUGAACCAGGGCUUCCUGGGCUUCCUGGACUUCCGGGGAUAAAGGGUGAACCAGGUUUCAUUGGUCCUCAAGGAGAACCAGGCUUACCAGGCUUACCAGGAACAAAGGGUGAGCGAGGGGAGGCAGGGCCUCCGGGAAGAGGUGAGCGAGGGGAGCCUGGAACUCCUGGACCAAAGGGUGACCGUGGAGACAAAGGAGAUUCUGGAACCCUGGGACCAAGGGGCCCACCUGGUCAAAAGGGGGAUCAAGGAGCCACAGAGAUCAUAGACUACAAUGGCAACCUCCACGAAGCCUUGCAGGGUCCCCCUGGACCACCUGGACCUCAAGGACUACAAGGGCCAAAGGGAGAGCCAGGAUCUCCAGGAAUCCCAGGAGUUGACGGAGAGCAGGGACUCAAAGGCUCAAAGGGAGACAUGGGAGAUCCAGGGAUGCCAGGUGAAAAAGGAGGAAUCGGACUUCCUGGAUUACCGGGUGCCAAUGGAAUGAAAGGCGAGAAAGGAGACUCCGGAUUGCCAGGUCCUCAGGGCCCUUCGAUCAUAGGCCCACCAGGCCCACCAGGUCCCCAUGGUCCACCAGGCCCCAUGGGACCCCAUGGACUUCCUGGACCAAAGGGUGAACCAGGGUUAAAUGGUGUUAAAGGAUUGAAGGGUGAACCGGGUCAAAAGGGUGACAGAGGACCCCUUGGUCUUCCAGGAGCAUCUGGCUUAGACGGAAAGCCAGGAGCCCGGGGUACAGAUGGCCCUAUGGGACCCCAUGGCCCUGCAGGUCCCAAAGGAGAAAGGGGCGAAAAAGGAGCUGUGGGAGAGCCCGGACCCAGAGGGCCCUAUGGCCUGCCCGGCUUCCCUGGUCCACGAGGCGAGAAGGGUGAUCUAGGAGAAAAGGGAGAAAAGGGUCCAGAUGGAUUACCCAUGCCUGGCUGUUGGCAGAAGUGAUGAAACUAACCUUCCGAGCAUGAAGUUGUGUAUAUAGU